UAUAUAUAUAUAAUAUGUAUGCGAGCAAAUCACAUUUCAAAGUUAUUUAGUUUAUAAUAUUUAUAUUACGCUCGUAUUGUUUGUAAUCUAGAUAUAUAUAACUGUUAUAAAGAAAAAGAGUGAUAAAUAUCGACUGCUAAGAGAACAUAUUUACUUCGUUUGUACGACGCAAUAAAUGAAUCAAUGAAUGACUCUAGGCCUACGAAGAAAAUAAAAGUACGCCAUAUUUGUUUUUAAAGGAUUUGUUUUAUGCUCAAUUCACGAAACGGAGCAAGAAUGUUGGUUAGAAAAUAAAUUGGGAUACGCAUUAAUUCGAACUUUAAAGGAUAAAAUGUAUACUUUACAUAAAGCUACGAGAUCUGAGAUAUACUGAUAUUGCAAAUGGAGAAAAUUGACAUAACUACCACCGUUGCAAAUUCUGUUCAAGAAAAUGAAAGAAUGCUCCAGGAAUCGUGCCUCAAAUAUCAAGUAGAUGUCAAACGUAAGAAAGAUUACGAAAAGUUAUUUAUUAAACUUAAUUAUGUUUGCCAAACAAAGAGAAUCAAAGAAGGUGCACAGUUAAAUUCUUGGUGUAAAAAAAAUGUUAUAAGUUAUAUAUACGGCCCCAUCUCAGAAUUUCCAUCUGGUUCGUGGUGGGGUAUCCGUAUGGAUUGUUCGAGAGAUCGCGUUCAUGACCCUUUCGAUGAAAAUAUUCAAAAUGGGCCAUUUGGAGUUACUUCAAUUUGUACUUCAAAUGUUAACUUAAACGAGGAUGUAGAUUUGGGUAAUUCUCUCACUGUUACAGGACAAAAGUUUUCCAUUGAUGCGUCGGAAAAGGAUCCUCUUAUUAAAAAUUAUGAAAAUCAAAUACCAGUGAGAUUAAUUAGAAGUUAUAAUCUGUUUAAUGAAUUUGCACCAAAAACGGGUUAUAGAUAUGAUGGUUUGUACAUUGUAACAAAUUUCUGGAUAGGUGUAAAUACAGAUUCAAUAGAAUAUUAUAAAUUUGCUUUGUUACGUAUAAACGAUCAAGAACCACCGUCAUGGAGUACCAAGCCAGCUCCUUUAAGUACAAGUAAUCAUAUAUCUACUUUACAUUCUUCUACACCUUUGCAGAAUCAUUUAAAAAACUCUGCUCCAAACGUGUAUGAAUUUAAAAAAUAUUCACAUAGUUCUGAAUUUGUAAUUCAAAAAGAGAAAUAUGAUAACUCAAGUGGAUUUUCACAUACUCAAAAUGUUGAAAAUAAAAAAGUAGAUGAAACAAAGAAAAGUUCAACCGGAAGUGCAAUAGUGACUCGUCAUGUAUUUAAAAAAUUAAAUACUAAUGCAGAGUAUAUAUCAAGUAUACAAAAUAUGCCUAUUAUGCCAGAAAAUAGAUCAUUAACUAGUAUUGGAAACAAAGAAUCUAAAACUCAUAAUACAAAUAUUUCUAUACGUACAGGAUUAUACAAUUCAUCCCAUAAUACCCAAAACAAUAGUAAGAAAAGUACUUCAUCACCAUUUUGUAGAGCUACUAAAUCUUUUAAUAUUAUGAAAACUAAUCAACAUACAGAGAACCGGAAUUUAUCCAAUAAAGAUAAAAAUAAAAAUUUAGAUCGAAAAAUUCAAACAAACAUUUCAAAUGAAUUUUCUAAGCACAUUAAUUGUGUUUCCUUUAAUGUGGUAAAAUCAGAAUCAAUGAAAAUGAAAUUUCCUAAAGAUACCAAUGCGGAAAUGAACAUUGAUGUAACUGAUACAAGUUUAAAUUCUUGUACAUAUAAAGAAAUAACUAAUGAUUCCAAAGACGUAUGUAACAGUAGUGUGAAUUUAUCUGAUACAACAAAUAAUAUGUUAAACAUGACAAACUGUAUGUAUAAAAAUGAAGUUUCAGCACAUAAAGUAGUAUCCAAAGAAUUACAGGAAAUCAAAUCGCUUGAUUCUUUAGAUUCAUUGACACCGGAUAAAAUUCUUCAUUUGAUUAACAAUAAAAACGACCCUUUAUCAAAAUUAUUAAUGGGUAAUAUGAUAGGACUAACGUCAGAACAAUCUACAGCAUUACAGACCGAAGACGAGUCAAAAAUUAAAGAUAAAAUAGUGACUCAGACAGGUGAUACACAAGAAACGAAGGAAAAAACUAAAUUUGAAGUUAUUUCGGAUGAUUUAAAUGGAUCAAGAUGCUACAAAUUUAGAAGGCGUAGAAAGUUGUCUAGAAAAACAAUGAAUAAAUCAGAGAUGCUAAAAUAUAAUAAAAUACAUACUGAAAAGUUUAAAAAUGGAUCUGUACAGUCUUUAGAUAUUUUAGAAUAUCCUCGAAAAAGUAGACGGGAAACAAGCAUUUGCGAAAAUUUAAAAAAUAAAAAUACAAAGCAAAAUCAUGUACAAAAAAUGGAAUCAAAUCAUUUAUCAGAUUCGGCAAGAUAUAUCAAAAAGAAUUCAGCAAGUACAAUUAAAGCAAGAAUGCAUUUACAAGCUGUGAGAACAAUUGAUUCCUCGAUAAAGAAACAUAUAAAUAAAAAACAAAGAAGAGAAAUUGCAAAUUUAUUAAUAGAUGCGAAAAUUGGACCUAAAAUACGUGGGCCACGAUAUAGAAGAUUACGAUGUAUGAAUAAUGAAUGUACAAAACAAUUAUAUGAACGUUUUAAUACUGCAAUGUACACAUUGAAUAAAUGUAAAAAUACAAAGCAAUCUACUUUCCAAAACAGAAAUAAACUUACAAAAAUAACGCAUUGUAAACGCGUUAAAAAUAAUCAAACUAGAAAUAUUAAAAGGUCAGAAACGUUAAAUUUUAAUUGUAGUAAAAUCGGCAGAAAUCUCACUACUUCUAAAAAAGUAGAUAAAAAUUAUGUUACAAAACAGACUGUUAAUAACAAUAACAAUAAUAAUGUAAAAGAUGAUGACAAUGAUAAUCAUAAGAAAGAAGACAAUAAUAAAAGAACAAAGUUUAUAGAGAAAAGUGUGAAAAUUAUAAAAAAUGAAGAUGCAGUAAUUAUAAAAAAUCGGAAAAGAAAACUGAAAACAGUUUGCAAUGACCCAAAAUGUAAUAAAAUUAAUGCGAAGUUGCAAAAGAGCAGCGAAAAACAAACGUCGAAACCAUGUAAAACAGAUGCUAUCACUCAAUGUUCUCUCCUUGAAGAACCUGUUGCAAAAAAUCCGAAAUCAAAUGAUUUCGUGCAAAAUAAUGUCCGCAAUGAACAAUACACAUUUAUUAAAAUAGAAUAUGGCGGUGAUUUUAAAGAUAUGAAAUCUGAAAUAUACGAAACUACAAAAUUAGAUGAUAGAAAUAAAGGUCAACACUCAUCUGCCGAAAAAUAUGUAUCUUGUGCAAAUGCUAUAUCUAAUCUGCAGCAUUCAACGGAUUCAAAUGUAUCAUUAAAUAGUAGUAUUUUACUUGCAAAGAAACAAAAUAAAUUUUUACCUGAAAGAGCAUCUGCAUUUGUACCUGUCAACAUCCCGGAUAAUGACUUAAAAAUUGCUCGUCUAAGGUCAAUAGGAUUUAAACCAAUUAAUUUUAGUAAUAAUGACGAAGAUAUUAACAGUCAAGACAAAAGAAACAAAGUGCUGAAACAAAAUGUUACUGAAAAAUACAAUAAAUACACAAACGAAGAAAAUAAUAUUGUUGUUUACAUGGAUGAUGAAUUACAAUAUCAAGAUAUUGAGGAUGAGGAUAAAAAUUCUUUGUCUAUCAGCGAUAAAACUUCGGAUACAGAAGUACAUAUAGAACGAUCAAGUGACAUGAUUUUAGAAAAAGAGUCAUGUACUUCAUUACUAGAACAAGAUUUAGAAUCACCCUGGCAUGGGUGGAAAAAGAUUGUGACAAAUAAAGAUACGUAUUGGGUAGGCUGGUAAAUGGAUUGCAGUGAAUAUUGUACUACUAUAUUCACGCGCUCGCGCGUGUGUGUAUAUACAGAGUUUCUGUAAAAAUAAGGCUGUUAAAAAAAAUGCUAAGUUAUUUUUUCACUGAUAGUUGUAAUAUUUGAGUAUAUUAAUACAAUUUAUGCAGUAUACUUUUUGUAGAGCAGUUAGAUUGAAUCUUUUGUUCGACUAAUGUAUAUUUCAAUUAGGCUAAUUAUUUUCACAAUGUUUUUGACCAAUCGAUUAGUAGUAAAAAUUAAAACUUAAAUAUAAACAAUACUAAUUGUGUAAAACGAUGAAUUUAUUUUAA